GGCUUUGUCUCCCGCGCUUCCUUGGUGCUGACGGUCAGGGGGCUCCGUGUCGGCGAAGGACGCGGGCGGGACGCCGCGGGGCCCGGGCCGGGACGCGACGAUCGGAAGGGAAGGGGCGGACAAAAAAAGACCAAAUGGCAAAGCAACCUUCAGAUGUAAGUUCUGAGUGUGACAGAGAAGGUGGACAAUUGCAGCCUGCUGAGAGGCCUCCUCAGCUCAGGCCUGGGGCCCCUACCUCUCUACAGACAGAGCAGCAAGGUAAUCCUGAAGGCGAAGGGGACCGCUGCCCCCAAGGCAGCCCUCAGGGCCCGCUGGCCCCACCAGCCAGCCCCGGCCCUUUUGCUACCAGAUCCCCGCUUUUCAUCUUUGUGAGAAGAUCCUCCCUGCUGUCUCGAUCCUCCAGUGGGUAUUUCUCUUUUGACACAGACAGGAGCCCGGCACCCAUGAGUUGUGACAAAUCAACACAAACCCCAAGUCCUCCUUGCCAGGCCUUCAACCAUUACCUCAGUGCAAUGGCUUCCAUGAGGCGGUCUCAGGCCGUACCUGCAGAUACACGCCCGGAGAUAUGGAUUGCACAAGAGUUGCGGCGUAUUGGAGACGAAUUUAAUGCAUAUUACCCAAGGAGGGUCUUUUUGAAUAAUUACCAAGCAGCCGAAGCCCACCCCCAAAUGAUUAUCUUACGACUGUUACGUUACAUCAUCCGCCUGGUGUGGAGAUUGCAGUGACGACGGGUUCCUUGCAGAGCCAGAUGGGUGCAGACAUUUCGCUUGUUAAAACCAACAAGCCCCAGCACCACGGUGUGAGAGGUGCCAUUGCCAUGCAGCCCGCGGUUCCUUCCCUGAGAGGGCGUGCAGGGAGGCCGGCCGUCGCAUUCCCGAGGACGCCGCACUGCACGUGGACUUGACCUUUCUGUUCGCCACAUGGCAGAAUUUCCAGUGGAAGUUUGUUGUGAAUGUAAAUGAGGGAGGAUUCUUUUUUAAAAAAAAAAAAGUACAAAUCAUGGUUCUUUGGAGCAAGAUUUUAUGUAAGAAUGGUGUUUACACGUGGUGUGGGUUUUCUUCCACCUUCUUUAAUAAGAACAGGUUUUUCAAAAAGGAAAUGGAAACUUUUUAACCAACUCAUGAAUGACUUUUGUACUAAAAUUUUAAGAACCUUUUGCCUACUCUCAGAGGAUUAUAUAGACUCUGCAGUGGAAACUGAGCCAGCUAAUUGAUAAAGCUGCCUUAGUUUAUUUUUAGAUUACUGUACAGAAUUUUUAAACGGGAGAGGUAUGAGAUAGCCCCCUCCCUUCCCUGCCAUUGGCUCUUUGACAUGCUUUUUUUUAAAUCAUUAUUAAUACCAAAAAAGUUCUUAUGAAACGAAACUGAUUAAAGGGGCAGAGUCUGUCGUCAGCCUGUAUUGAUAUGCCACUCCCGUUUUGUAAAUACUUACUUACCUCCUUAAAUUCAGUUGCAUCUGUGGCAAAAUUUUAAAACUCUUUUCUUGUAUUUUUCCUUUUCUCCUUUGUGAUGCUCCUCUGGUCUGUCUGGAGGCCGAUGCACAGAUUUGGUCCAGUGUAUUCUCAUGAUGAAAGGGAAUUGGGUCAGAACAUGAGUCAGGAUCUGCCUGUGGCAUCUGUGGCCCAGUUGGUCUUGUCUGCCAGUAGCUUCCUCCCUGGGACGUGCGUGGUUUUGGUUUUCACUGGUUUUGAUGGGCUUGUCAUUUACAAGUGUUCUGAAGAAGGACUACCAGUCACAGCACAGACAGGUACUGUGCCCCUCGGCGCUGUGGGCUUCUCUGGUUGCGGACUCUCCCGUGGUCACAGGUGCACUGUCAGCAGGCGCCGCAGGUGGGGAACGUGCCCCCUCACAGCUGAGCCCUUUGGGCUGCAGGUGUCAGAGCUCCAGCCCUCGUGGGAAUUGGCACGAGCUGUGGGCGGGGCUUUAGGCGGCGGUUUCCUGGGCAUCCAGGCUUUUCAUCCAACUCCAGGUUCACCUGGCCUUUGAUGCCUGACACUUGGUUUCCCACCCCCCCAAAUCCACUUUGAAAGGAAGGCUUAAUUCUGCCUUCCGCCGUGCCGUAAAAAUACUGCAUUGGAGCCCGAAUCUGAAGUGGCCUCUCAGCCUUCGGACAGAGGUCUGUCUUGUUCCCUUAUUCUCGGGACACGUGGGUGGUGUUGAACCACCCUUGGUGCAUCCACCUCUGUUGGGCGCGCUCUUUUCUUUCUCCACACCUGCCUGGGAGGGGUGCAGCAAAUGGAGGGCCCAUGAGUUGGUCUGACAUUUCAAAGGCAGUUAAACAAUUUGGGGGGACCCGAGAGAGAUCAGGAAGCAGUGAAAGAGGAGCAGUAGAGAUCAUUUCGUGAAGCCUGUAACUCUUCUAGAUUUUGAAACCUCAGAUCAUUAAAUAGCUUUUUAAAAGAUAAACGUGAUUUUUCAAACGAGUCAGCAGUGCCAACAACUCUUGUUUUGCUUUGGGCCCACAGAGGACCAGUGUUUCCAUGUGAUUAAGUUAAGUGGGGAAAUCCAUUCAUUUGUAUCUUGAUAAUUCUAUAUAAAUAUAUAUAUAUAUAUAUAUCUACAGCAUAUACGCAUUUUCCUUUAGGUAGAGAUAUUUGAUUCCAAAUAUUCUUCCUUUCUUAGGAUUUUCUUUUCCCCCACAAUCUUGUUGGGGUCUUGAAUAUUUUUAAAGCUAUGUUGAGUGUCAGCCUGUGUUCCCGACAUGUCUCGAACCCCUUGGUAGGGUCAUGACGUCCACACGGUUGUAAGGCGGUGGUGGACCUGCUGGACACACACACACACACACCAAAGACGUAUUUGGUUCUGGGCACCUCUCCCCUCCCAGGAUCUCUGUGCUCAGUGCCAGUCUCUCUGACUGGAGCACUUUACUCUGUUUCUUCAAUACUGCGGCUCCCUGGGAGCGGUGCCCGAGGGCUGUGUGCUGGCGUAACUCUGGCUCAGUGGCCGCCUGGCGUCCAGGCUGGCCGCGGAAGCAGCUUGUGAGGAAAUUAGAGAUUCUAUGAAUUUGUAGUAUUAAGGAGCAGGAUGUUGCACCAGGACUGAAGAGAGAUGACUGGAUGUCUCUGUACUGUACGUAUCUGUUUAUCAUGAUGCCUCCCUGCGGAAGGUAUGCCUACUGUGGUAGACCUUGACUUUUUAGUGUGUAUUUCUUUGACUUUUUGUAGGAAAAAAAAAAAAAAAAAGACUAGAUCCCUUUUUGGAAACUGAAUGCGGGUUUUGUGCCUUGACCACCUCUUCUCCCAUGAGGUUUGUAGAGAGUGUCCUGUGACUUAUCACAGAAAUGCAAUAAACACAUGCAAAAGAAUCCCAUGAGUAAUUCUUCCAGUUACCUGUACUCCUGCCCAGAAGUGAGUUUGCCAAGAACUGCUCUCGGGGUUGCGGAGGAACCAGGCAAAACUUCCCUCUGAUUAAAAAGAGUGUACACCAUAGAGAAUAACUUUCUCCUGUUUCCCCGUCUUGAUAUUGUAUAUAUUUUGACUAUUUAUUAGAUUAGGAGGUCACAUUUUACUUACCAACUGAGCCAAAUGUCUGUGUGCAAUUGUGUUUCCUUUACCUUUCUUGUAAAAUUUUGUACAGCAUAAAUGAGUAAAGAUCACUGUUUUUACUAAA